AUGCACAUGAGGCUAUUUUCCAAGUUCAAGCUUCACGGUUCGUCGGCCGCAUCUGAGGAAGUGUUUGGUGGAAAGUUCAGUUAUACGUCUGCGGUCGCCGACUUUUACAUCGAACUAGGGGAUGCGCACAAGAUCUGGAAGCCCCGGGAUGUGGUGACCGGUGAGGUGGUGCUGACGCUGCGCAAGCCGCUGCGUGGGGUGAGCUUGCGGAUGUCCCUGGAGGGCAAUCUGCGAGUACAGACGGGCAGCGGUGCUACGUCGCGCCUGAAGUUCCAGCGAACGCUGUUCAGCAAAAGCUCGAUGAUCUACGGCGUCGAGCAGCCAGAAGACGCUGAGCAAGAGGGACACGGGCUGACACGCGGCGAUCACCGUUUCCCGUUCCGAAUGCGGGUGCCCUCUAAAAACAUAUACACAUCGAUUGCCUUCGAGAAGGGGUCCAUCUCAUAUGCUGUGGGGUGCGUGUUAGAGACGCGCAGCGGGGCGCAGAGGCUGUCUUCCUGUUCGCGCCAGAUAUCUGUUCUAGUCCCUGUGGACGUUAGCCUGCUGCCGAAGCUACGGCCGAAGACUGUGGUCCUACAGUCCCCGCAACUCCUACGCAGCGCGAAAGCGAAUUACCCAGAACAUGAUACAGCGUCUUCUCUCACGAAGCGCACCACUGCCUCGGCUAACUCCAAUUCCUCCGUGACAACCGUGUGCUCUUCGAAGACUGUGACUAUAUCUGUCGAUCUGCCGGAAUCCGGAUACGUUAUUGGGGACACCAUUAGGAUCAAAGUCCAUAUCCAGCACUACAAAGAGUAUAGGAAUUCUGCGGGGCUUAUUGCAACGCUUGUCCGCAUUUGCCGUGUUCACAGCACCGGCACCGAUGACCCGAUGGAGACUUUCCGCAAGGACAUCUGCCAAUGUGUUGCGCCUCUCUACGUCGAGCCCGAGACACAUACCUGCUCCGUCGGGAUGAACCUCAAUGUCCCGCUGGAUGCGUUUCCAACGCUAGUUGUCCCCAACCAAGGCUUCACCUUCCAAUAUUACAUUGAAGUUCUCGCAAAUCUGUCGUCGAAGAACAUUGUUUACACAGAGUCCAACCGGGUCAUAGGUGGCAGCGGCAUGGCCGACAUUCCCAUGCCUGGCUCCAAGCUGCAUCCUGUGAAGAAGAUCAGCAUGCUCCCUCUCAAGCUGCAAGGCCCUCUGGGCAAGCAGGACACAAACAUCGAUGAGUCACUGAUCUUCUUCCAAGACAUGGUGAAUGUCGAUAAACUCAAACGUCUGCGCAAUGUAACAGGCACUUCGAUAGAAGUUGUCAUUGGAACACAUCGGAACAACUCCGUCCAGCAAGCGCGGCAGUCCUGCCCGGGCAGUCCCGUAGGCGGCUCUGACUCCACGAUGAUGUCAGAGCAAUCUGCUGCCGGAACAUCUCUACCCUCCUCAGUACUGGACAUCUACGACCAACUAGCUAAUAGGCUGUCGAGUAGCGUUGGAGAUCAGCUUCUCCGUUACGGCAUGUCUCCAGAUUCUGGCCCCCAUUCAGCGAACGAUGAGCUGCCGAGGUAUACGCCCAACGUCGAUUACAUGGUAACUGAAGAUAAACGUGAACUUGAACAAAGGAAGUUAAAAGAGCUAGAGAGCGAACCAUCCGUGGAAGAAGAACAGUGA